AUGGACUAUGGAGGACAGGAGAUCAAAGACCAGGGAAUGGUGGCCAGAGAAAGACAAGGAUACAAGUAUCGGAUCGCCGUGCCUUUCUUGGACAUCCAGCAAAGGUUCAGCCUUAACACAGAUCAAUGGUGGGCAAUCCAGAGUGCUGAACAGCCCUACAAGAUUGUUGCUCAAUGCCAUGCUUUUGAAAAAGAAUGGAUAGAAUGUGCACGUGGAAUCAGUGUUAUCCAGGCAGAGAAAGAGUGCAAGAUAGAAUGUGAUGAUUCCGUAGAGUGUUUGCUUCAGCGGAAAAUGAUGGGUACUAUCAGGAAACAGCAGGAUAUGCUGAUAAAGGAAGGUAAGUACACCCCUCCACCUCACCACAUUGGCAGGGAAGAGCCUCAGCCCUGA